CAACUGCGACGUGAAGUCCACGAUACAAAGUGGAGAAAACCAACUAAACUGUAUUUUGAAUUAUUUACAAAGCACGACUGAUGCGAGUUUUUAUUGUGAUGAUAUCUGUGGGUUUGUAAAGAGUGUACGCGACGAUAAAAUACGAAACAUUUGUUUCUUUCAAUUAUCUUUUUCAAACAUGCUCGUGGUAGCUGGCUGGCUAAUAGCGUGCAACAUGUAAACAGCUACGGUUUAGUUUGAACAGCGACAGUAAUCAGACAAUACAUAACUAGCUGUCCACUAGGUGCAACAUGGGACGAAAGAAACAGGGCAAAAUGGUGCGCUCUGACAACAAGGGCAAAGACAGAGCGCACAAAAUGAAAGGGAAAACCUUAGAGGCCUUUACAGAAGAAAUGCACUCUGCAUUUGAAGCGAGUCUUCACCUGGAGGAGGGAGCAGAGGCUCCUCAGGUCAAACUGCCAUGUCCACUUGCCAUGUGGGAACUUGGUCACUGUGAUCCCAAACGUUGCACUGGCAGAAAGUUGGUACGCAAGGGAUUUGUGCGCAACCUGCGCCUCAGUCAGAGAUUUAACGGACUCAUACUGAGUCCAAUGGGCACAAAGUAUGUGACGCCAGCUGACAGAGAGAUUGUGGCCCACAGUGGAUUAGCAGUGAUUGAUUGCUCCUGGGCCAAACUGGAGGAAACUCCCUUCAGUAAGAUGAUUGGAAGUCAUCCCAGGUUACUGCCGUAUCUCGUAGCUGCGAACCCCGUCAACUAUGGCAAGCCUUGCAAGUUAUCUUGUGUUGAGGCGUUUGCUGCCACAUUCUGUAUCGUAGGUUUUGAAGAACUAGCAAUGCUUUUGUUGAAGAAAUUCAAGUGGGGGACAGUGUUCCUGGACCUGAAUAAAGACCUGCUGCAACGCUACGCUGCAUGCCAGUCAGAGGAAGAGCUGCUCGCUGUAGAACAGGAUUAUCUUACAGCUAAACCAGAGGAGGAGGAGUUUGAUCCAUUUGAUGUUGACUCAGGAAUGGAGUGUAUGAAUCUCAACAGACGUCAGUGUGUCCCAGAAGACGAUUCUAGUGAGGAUACUGAUGCAUCAGAGGACGAGGACGAUGAAGAUGAAAAAGCAGAAAAAAAUGAUGAGUCAACGACAGUCUCACAUAAUGAAGAAGAAGAGACAGAAUCAUGAUAAAGCACAUUUAAACUGAAUCCAUUUAAUACAAGGAUUAGUGAAUGUUUUUCAACAUUACUUCUACAUAAGUUGAAAGCUCUUUUGAGCUAUCCAGUUUUGUACAAAUAACCAAAACAAUAUGAAAACUCAAUAAAUGUAUGUUUUUUUGUAUUUAAAUGCA